AUGGAAAUCCAGAGGAAUGUCUCAGAAUUCAUACUUUUAGGACUUUCUUAUGACCAGAACAUAGAAAUGUUUUGUUUUGUGCUUUUCUCAGUCUGUUAUGCUGCACUCUUAGCAGGAAACCUGAUCAUCCUCUCCAUUAAACACAGCCCUCUUUUGCACCAACCGAUGUACUAUUUUCUCCUCCAUUUAUCAUCUAUGGACAUCUGCUUUACCUCCACGGUGACACCCAAGUUAAUUGCUGACCUGCUCAUCGAAAGAAAAACCAUUUCUUACAGUAGCUGCAUGUUACAGGUCUUUACCAUGCACUUUUUUGGAAUGAUUGAAGUCCUAAUCCUUACUGUCAUGGCUUAUGAUCGCUAUGUUGCCAUCUGCAAACCCCUCCACUACAUGCUUAUCAUGAACAGGACAAGGUGCAACCUCCUAGUCUUAGCUACCUGGGCUGGUGGAGCUCUGCAUUCCUUCCCUCAGUUUUUGAUUGUAAUUCGCUUGCCUUUCUGUGGGCCCAAUGAAAUUGAUCACUAUUUCUGUGAUAUUUUCCCUUUGUUAAAAGUUGCCUGCACAGACACAUAUGUCAUUGGUGUCCUCUUACUUAUCAAUUCAGGAAUGGCCACCUUAAUCACAUUUAUGGUCUUAUUCUUCUCUUAUGUUGUGAUAUUAUUUACUUUAAGAAAUCAGUCCGCUGAAGGAAGACGCAAAGCCCUUUCUACCUGUGGGUCUCAUAUCACUGUGAUUGUUUUAUUCUUUGGUACCUCAAUCUUUUCCUAUCUUAGGCCUCCGACUACUUUUUCUGAGGAUAAAGUACUUGCAUUAUUUUAUACCAUCAUUGCUCCCAUGUUCAACCCCUUUAUUUACACACUAAGAAAUUCAGAGAUGAAAAGUGCCAUGAGAAAAGCUUGGUUUCAGACAUCGUAG